AUGGUUGCAACAGGUAUGGCCAACCAGCCUCCCUUCCGGUCUCGGGUGUACCAGCUUGAAAUGCUGGAGGCCAGCCAAAAGGAAAACGUUAUCGUUGCGCUGAUCUGGUUUCUAGCCCCGACAGUGGCCUUGUGUAUCCAGCAACAGGAAGUCAUCAGUGACCAAAUCCCCAAUGUGAAAACCAAGAUAUUGACUGGGACGGAUAAUGUCGAUCGUUGGACCGAUCAGGGUAUCUGGGAUGCAGUUCUCAAAGACAUUCGGGUGGUUGUAUCCACCCACGCUGUCCUCGCAGACGCCCUAGGCCAUGGCUUCAUCCAAAUGUCCCGGCUUGCUUUGCUUAUCUUUGAUGAAGGUGACUUACCUCACUUGGAAGCUUGUGAAAUUUAUGAUCUACUGACAAUAUCCGCAGCUCAUCAUUGCAGAGGACGUCACCCGGCAAAUAGAAUCAUGCAGAACCAUUACCAUCCUGCUGUUUUGAGGUCAGGUCGUGGUGCCGUACCCCGAAUUCUUGGUCUUACUGCCAGUCCAGUGGUGCAGUCCAAAAAAAAAGAGCUCGAACUUAUCGAAGCCAACUUAGACGCAGUAUGCAAGACUCCACGACAGCAUCGUGCUGGACUUUUGGAGAAUACACAUCGCCCAAUUUUAGAGCGUAUAGACUACGCACCAUUCGACAAACAACACUAUCUAAUUGGAAGCCACUUGCUCCAACCCCUGAUCAAGUGUUGUGGCUCUUAUGAUAUCCAAGGGGAUCCAUGGAUCGACUCAUUACGACAGAAAGGACAAAAUGAACAGCUUGAAAAAGCCCUCGCAAGUGGUCAAACGUUUUGCAGUGAACAACUGAGGCGAUUCCUGGAGCGCAGCUGCCACAUUUAUGAGGAGCUUGGCGGUUGGGCCACAGAUUUUUACAUCGGGGCAUCUAUUGAUCAACUGCAAAAAUCAAUCCAAGAGAUGGGUGAUAUGUCAGACCUGAAUCAAAUGGAAAGAAAAUACCUUCUAGAGCUGUUACUUACAAUUCCGAAGCAUGAUGCUGAUUGGGGAAGUCCACACGUUUCUUUCAAACUCCAGACACUACUCAACUUCCUUGACAAAAUGGCAAAGCCGGAAUUCUCUGGAUUGAUCUUCGCGAGGAGGAGAGCGACAGUGAGUGUUUUGGUUCGUAUACUGUCACUGCAUCCGAAAACAAAAGACGUCUUUGACUGUGGGGCAUUUGUUGGCUGGUCUGGAAACCAUGCUAGGAAAUAUUCACUCGGCGACCUGCUGCACCGGGAUCUGCAGCGAGAUACCCUCGAAGAGUUUAGAGCUGGCAGAAAGAACUUGAUAAUUGCCACCGAUGUUCUUGAAGAGGGAAUCGACGUCAGCGCUUGUAGCCUUGUCAUAUGUUUUGAUAAGCCACCGAACCUCAAGUCCUUUGUACAGCGACGUGGGCGUGCCCGACACAAGGAAUCAACAUAUGCAGUGAUGAUUUCAACCAAAGACAGCUCGCUGGAUCUACUUAAAUGGCAGGAGUUGGAGGAAGUCAUGAUCAAAGCGUAUCAGGAUGAAGAGCGCCGCCAAAAAGAGGCAUGGGAGCUAGAGGCCCCCGAGGAGCAAGUGUUGGAGAGGCUUUGGGUAGAAAAAACCAAUGCGGUUUUGACUGCGGACGACGCAAUCCAGCACCUGCACCAUUUCUGUGCCGUGCUACCCGUUGAUGAACAUGUUGAUAAUCGACCGAUGUUUGCCUUCGAGGAAGACAGUACGGGGUUGAUUAGGGGCAUUGUCACCUUGCCGAACUCUGUCCACCCAUCUGUUCGACAGACGAGGGGACAGGCCGUAUGGCGCACUGAAGGGGCAGCCAGAAAGGAGGCAGCAUUCCAAGCAUACAAGUCGCUGUAUGCGUAUGGGUUGGUCAAUGACAAUCUGUUGCCUCUGACGAGGAAGCCCGAAUUAAGAUUCUCCGAGAAAGAGACUCUUCCGUCGAUCAUAGACGGAAUGGAACAGUACGAUCCGUACGUAGAUCUUGCGCGGGGAUGGAGCUCAGGUCCUCUCUAUCAGACCCGCUUGAAGAUAUCCAACCAAGGCGUUGUUGAUGAAGAUUGGGCCAUCUGUUUGAUAUUACCCCAGUUCAUUGCACUGCCUGACCCAAUUACUCUCUACAUGGAUCAGGAAACAACAUGUUCUCUAUCUUUUGACCCGUUGACGAUAGUUCCGGAUAUCACUUCGGAGAUAUUGGAGCAGAUGAGACGAAUCACGUUCAUGUAUCUCCAAGCCCCCAGCUCUCGACUGCGAGGCGAGGAACGGGACUACGUGACUCUCUUUGUGCCUGAUCUGCCUCAUGCCCGCCUGAAGGAAUGGCUUGUCAGGUACGAUGGGAAGGAGCCGGCACUGGAGAUGCACUCCAGAGAGCCGACUCGGGCUCCAUCAGGAAUCAUCCGUGAUCAAGCUAAAUUCAGUGAGCCUCGGAUAUUUGACAAGUGGAUUGUACCAGAGGUGGUUUCGAAGUCAUCCCCGAUCGAACUGGAGUGUCAUUCCCUACCAAGGCGGCGGAACUUGCUUCAGGUGCGGACCUCGACGACGGCGGCAACCGCAACAGAAGAUGGGGAGGUCGAGGCGCCCCGCAAGACGUUCAUUGUGCCAGCUGUAACCUGUGAUGUGGACAAACUCCCAGUCAAGCAAGCUACGUUUGGCCUCGUCAUUUCCGCUAUUCUCGACCGACUGGAGGCUUCGCUGGUGGCUCAUCGCUUGAACGACACUGUUUUGAAGGGCGUUGGCAUCCAGAAUAUUUACCACGUCAUCACGGCCAUUACGACACCCAUUGCGCAGGCCAGCGUUAACUAUCAGAGAUACGAGUUCUUUGGUGAUUCCGUGCUCAAGUUCACCGUGAGCUGUCAGCUCUUCUUCCGCAAUACCAACUGGCACGAAGGGUAUCUCUCGGAAAGUCGAGACAAGCUCAUUCAAAACAGUCGUCUUGCUCGGGCUGCACUAGACACCGGAAUCGACACCUUCAUCCUGACAAACCGUUUCACCCCUCGCAAGUGGAUUGCACCGUUGAUUCGUAACAAGGCGGAGCCCAAGGCUGCAAAGAGACGCAUCUCAAGCAAGGUUCUAGCAGACGUUGUAGAGUCUCUUAUCGGCGCAGCGUAUGUCGAUGGUGGAAUCCGCAAAGCGCAAGCCUGCCUGCAUCGCUUUCUGCCAGAGAUCGACCUUUUCACAAGUGAAAUCUCACCGGAGAUUAUGCCGAAUGGGAAGGGUGUAAGCAACCUGAUCAAUGAACAUCGGUUAGCUGGCCUAAUUGGGUACACUUUCAAGGACCCAGCUCUUUUGACGGAGGCACUUACUCACGGCUCUUGUGAGUACGACAUGUCCACACAGUCAUACCAGCGUCUUGAAUUCCUUGGCGAUGCUGUCUUGGACAUGGUAGUCAUGGCCAUUAUAGCGACACACCCUGCCGAAAUGGACCAAGGCAGCAUGACCAUUCUCAAACACUCAGUUGUGAAUGCCAACCUGCUUGCAUUCUUCUGCAUGGAGCUCAGCGCACCAGAUCACUCGAUGGACAUUGAAGUUACAGACGAAGGCGACAGAGUCAACCAUGUUCCACGCCAUGAUCAAAUCCAUCUCUGGCGAUUCCUCCGCUUCCACGGGCCGAAUGUGGGAGCAGCACGCGAAUCCUGCGUGGAACGUCACAAGGCUCUUCGCGACGACAUCAACGAUGCUCUCACACACGCCAAGGAAUACCCCUGGGAACUCUUUGCCCGACUCCGCGCCGACAAAUUCUUCUCCGAUAUCAUCGAGAGUACUCUGGGGGCCAUCUUCAUCGAUUGCGGCGGCAAUCUGGAUAUUUGCCAAGAGUUUGUCGAGCGUAUCGGCCUGGUGCGGUAUGUUCAACGGGUCAUCGCUGAUGGCGUGAAUGUGGUUCACCCUCGGAACAUCGCCCAGAGCAUAGUGAAGGGCUCUGGGACACUGGUCUUCAAGCGCAAGAGGGUCGAGUCCAAGAAGGGUGCCACCUACCGCUGCUCGGCGGUAGUGAACAAGACCGAGAUUGCGCUGGUAGAGGGUUGUGCCUCUGCGGAGGAGGCCGAGGUGAAGGUUGCGAAUGUUGCCAUCCAGCGCCUGCAGGAAAACCCUGCACUGGUAGUGUGA